GCUCAUCCCCAGUCCAGAGUAAGAUCGCGAUCAUCGUUUCGAUCUGGAGAUUUUUAGUAGUGCCAGCAGCUGGUCACGACUGAGUUAUCUAACCACUGUCAUUCAAUCAAUCGAUCAGAACUAAGCGGUUUUCCGAUAGUCGCGAAUCAAUACGAACAAUAUCCGAUGUGUAGAUUAGUGCAAAUGUUACCGCUCAGCACGAUCAAUUAGUAUCAUCGCCCGUGCAGCUUCCAAAUCGAUGGACCUUUCAUAAACUUAUCAUGGAGAAGUCAUCACCAACGCUUGCCAAUAAUUUUACAAAUGUUUGGACCAAUCGACGUAGCCCAAUCCAUCAUCUAACCACCACGCAGGAUGUGAUCAACCAGGGAAAAUGUCUCUGUGGCGAAUACAUUCGAGCUAGACUGAGGCGAUCUGGACUGCUGAACAGAAAAAUUUUACAGCGUUUGCGCAGCACGAUGGAAGUUCCUAACUGUGUGGUCGUUCGUGAAACAACUCCAAUUUUGAAUGGAAUGGGUGAAGAGCUGGAACGAAUGCACCCUCGGCUGUACAAUAAUGUGAGCCGGCAAAUUUCAGUGGAACCAUGGGGUGAACUGACCGAACCCGACUCGGUUUGUUACCUGCUGCACAUCGUAGCAAAGGAUCUCUUCAAAACAGAUAUAACCUGGGGAAAAGUGAUCUCACUAUUCGCGAUCGCCGGUGGUUUAGCCGUUGAUUGCGUACGCCAGGAGCAUUAUGAUUAUCUACAACAACUUAUCGAAGGGACAACCGAUGUAAUUGAAGAGGACCUAAGCGCAUGGCUACUCGAAAAAGGAGGCUGGCUAGGGCUACAAGAUCACGUUCAUCCACCGCAGACCGAAAUUACAUUCCUCGGCUGGAUGGCAAUCACCAUUUCAACACUCUUUGUGAUUUACUUAAUUUCGGUUUUACUUAAAUAUCUUGGUUCCAGUUAUCUAUCGAAAUUUUAACUAGGACAUAAACGCAAUUAUUCGCAUAAUAGUUUUAUGUUUAUAACCAUGUUUAUGAUGAUCAUAAAAAAUACCAGGUUGCAAAUUGCAAGCUCACUUAUUAGCACUAUGCAUGUUAAUCGAAUCUCUUUAAAUGUAGAUAACCUUAAGAGCAAACAAAACAUUGACACAAAAAGGGGAAUGGCAAUGAAACCAGACUUUUCUCUUAGGCUGGGAGGUAUAAUUUUAACAUUGAAUACAAUGGUGCUCUUUGAAAAUGUCUACUAAUGUUGAUUGUUUUACUGUUUUUAAAAGCCUGCUUACGUAAUCCAUUCUUUACCAAAACGUUCCAGCUGCAAUAAUGAGUGAUACUAAUGCUCAAAGCAAUGAAUAGCUAAUUUUGACUCUGUUUUUUUCUUUGUAUUGAAUAUAGACGUAAAUAAAUUUUU